UUAGACGUAAUGAUGAUAGGUAUUGACUCAAUCUCUCGUUUCAAUCAUAUUGUCAAAAUGCCUAAAACUCGUGACUUUCUCCUGACCAAUCUUUCAGCCAUUGAGUUGGAAGGUUAUAAUAAAGUGGCUGAUAAUACAGUUGUUAAUUUAACACCAAUGUUCACUGGUAAUUUCCUUUCCGAGGAACAUCAGCGUCUUAAUAUCUCAGAUAGAAAAUCUUCUUUUGUUGAUGAUUUCAAUUUCAUCUUAAAAAAUUAUUCCAAAAUGGGUUACGCACUACUUUUUGCAGAAGACCAUCCUUUGAUUUCUAUAUAUAACUACAAAGCUCAUGGUUUCAAGAACCCUCCAACAGACUAUUACUUUCGACCAUUCACUCUGUCGCUUGAUGAUGAUUCUUCAGUAUGGAAUAAUGGAUUCUGUAUUUUGAAUCGCCCAGAAACGAACAUAGUAUUAGAUUAUUCAUCAGAUUUUAUGAACUAUGUUAAAGAUGUGCCAAAAUUUUCAUUUACAUUCAAUACGCGAUUAACUCACGACAGCAUAGAAAUACUUACUACUGCCGAUUUAUAUUAUUAUGAAUUUUUGGUCAGGACGUUUCAAAGUGGGGUUUUAAAUAAUACGAUCUUAAUGUUUUUUGGUGAUCAUGGAUAUCGCUUUGGAAAGAUCAUGAAAACAGAUUAUGGAAGAAUACAAAGUCGCCUACCAAUGAUGUAUAUUGUCUUUCCAACUUGGUUUUCUAACAGAUAUCCCGACAUAUAUAAAAAUGUCGUGACUAAUAGCAAACGGUUGACCACGCCGUUUGAUAUUCACGAAUUUCUAAAGGACAUCUUAGACUUCACUGGUGUUCCAAGAAAAACAUGCUCAGUGGGCCAACGUGGUAUAAGCCUUUUUGAUUGCAUUCCAGAAUUUAGGAGAUGUGAAGACGCACAAAUUCCUCUUCAUUAUUGUACUUGCAAAUAUAAAGAUGUUGAAGGGUUUUCCAUUGGUGACGAAAUUGUACAAAGAGCUUCACAAUACCUAGUUGAUUUAAUAAACAAAAAUAUUUCUCCGUUCCGACAAUGUUCUCAAUUAAAAUUAGCUUCAAUAAUCAGCGCCAGAGUGUCUGUUACAAACUACAAUUUAAACAUCACUUAUCAAGAUAUUUUACAAAAGUUGGAUACAAAAUGGCGGGAAAAGGACUGUUUGAUGUUCGGGAUAGUGAUCAAAACGACACCUGGUGAUGGUAUGUUCGAUGCCACUGUGAUGUAUAAAUUAAAGCUAAAGAAAUUCUUUACCUCCUUGGAAAGUAUAGAUAGAAUAAAUAGGUAUGAUUCUGAUGGGGAUUGUGUAACACCUAAUAUGAGGUCUUUUUGUUACUGC